GCUAUGAUAAUGACAACUUUUUAGUUUAAUACGAACUGCAAUAAAUUAGGUGUUGCUUAUUCUUGCUUAUUUCAUAUAUUUUGAAAUAUGAACCCCAUUUGCUUGCUUUUUCCUAUCUGUAAAUUGUCAUUCUUUUGUUCUCUAAAUAUGAUUUCACCAUUGUGAUGGCAUAAAGUGACUUAAAAUAUACGGAGUAUGUUAUUACAAAUGUCCAGUUUGGUUUAAUUUGAAGUUAAUAGUUAUGGGAAUGUGAUGUUUGUCUCAGUUGCUACUUGCUAGGAAUUUGGACUGCAGAGUCAACAAUUAUCUGCCUUGGUCAACUUAGAUCAUCUCCUGCCAUCACUAAUGCCUUGGACUCAUGUGAGAGAAGCUAAGAUAUGCAUUUGAUUAUUGGGGCAACGAGUGAUUCGGUGUUCCAGUAAGUAUGAUGAACGUCAAAGGCCUCGCCCGAUUCAAGAACAAACCGGCCAAGGAUCCGAAGGGGCCGGACGCAGGUGGCCAAAAGCCCGUCGGUGCGCCCCUCAAAAAGCCCGAGGGCGAUGCUGCUGCGGCUAAGAGGAAGCCGUCGGCAAAGGAGCCCCCCCAAGCCCCCAAAAAGUUAAAGAAGGGGGAUGCCGCGAAGGAUGACCCCCCGGUGGUGAUUAUAGAUGACCCUCCGGAGAUGCCGACGGCGCAGGUGCCGAGGGGGGUCCGGGAGCCAUCUCUCGAGGUCCUCACGCUCUCCCUUCCGGCUGGCAUGGCCGUGUUGAAUGGCACGGCUGACCCGAGGGCGCUCCUGAGAGGUAUAACCCUCGAUAUCGACAGGGCAGCUCUCGGGGCCGAUGAUGAUCAAGCCCUUGAA